GCUCAAAUUCGAGUGGUAUCGAUCAAGUCACUUUGUAACCGGGUUAGAGAACGGUCGGUAUGUCAUACUUGACAUACCGCUACUAACCAUUUUGUAACCCGGUUAGCGGAGCCACGUGAAAAAGACUAUUGAGUUGACAGAUCGUUUCAAAACUUUUGCUUGAAGUCCCGAUAUUUUUAGAUAUUAAUUAUUUAUUGAAAAUGGAAGGGAAAGAUCUGAAAACCCACCAUACUGAUCGCGUUUCUGAAGACCAAAAGCAGGCGAAUGAAGGCGAGCCUGCAUCGGAAGCGCCCCAACAGAAUGAACCACCGCAAGAUGUUGAACCGCAACAAAAGGCCCCAAAAGUUAAUUGUCAAACAUCCGAUGGCCCCCAACGUCGUGAUGACGAAAAGUUGUCCCAAGAGCAAGAGCUAGCUGAAAAGUUGGCACUUCUGAAAACUAUACCGGCAAGAUGCAGCAGGAACCGCAGUAAUUUAACAAUACGUCCGUCAAGCGCAGUAUCCAAAUUCGGGGACGACGACGAAACUCCUCCGGCAGAUACUGAAUCCUGGAGCUCUGACUGAAAGUAUUAGGCCCAUGCUCACAGACUAUUGUUGAUUCUGACGUACAUGUAUUUAUUUUUGCUAAUAAAAAUUUGUUUAAUGUAUUA